UGGCCUUACAUCACGUGGGGGCCGCACGCCCGCGCAUGCGCGGCGCCCGUUUCUUCUCCUGCAGGAGUGACGGCCGCUUCCCAGCGUUACUUGGAAUACCAAAAGGCUGCAGUGACCGCACCGCAAGUAUGUCCCGAGACGCACAGUGCACAACGGCAGUACCGCUGCCACUGGAGUCAGCAGUCAGCCAAGCCAGCCACGUCUCCUGCGAGAACGAGAACCUCCGCGCACAAGCCGACGACAAAGGCCUCAUCGAGAUCAUGGCGGUCGAAGGGUCUGCGGAAGCGGAGCAGCGGCAGCAAAAGGAGAAGGCCACAGUGCCCGUGGCAGCGGCAGAGACAGUCACGGUUGUAGCCGCUAUUGUCAACAAGGGCUUGGAGUGCCCCGUGUGUGGGAAGAAGUUCUCAAGAAAGUGCUACGUUCGGCGUCAUUUGCAGGUGACGUCGUGUUCUGAAAAAGCACCGCCUGCGCAUUCCUGCGAAGUGUGCGGCAAUAUCUACACACGGAAGGACAACCUGCUGGAGCACAUGAGGACUCAUUCCGGGGAAGCGCCGCGCCGCAAGAAGUACACUUGCGACCACUGUGGCAAGACGUUGAGUGGCAUCUCACUGUUCAAGACCCACGUCCGGACACACUUGGGGGAGUGGCCCUUCAUCUGCGACUUCUGCAACAAGGGCUUCUCAUGUGCGACAGACCUCAAGAAACACCGGCGCUUUCACACGGGAGAAAAACCCUACUGCUGCACCGAGUGUGGUGCAAGGUUCUCACUGAGGAGUGCUCUGCACCGGCACAUGCACAUCCACACGGGCAUCCGUCCCCACAAGUGCCCCUACUGUGGCAAGGAAUUCAUCCAGGGCGGAGGACUCAAAGCCCACCUGUUCCACCAUACCGGCCUCAACGGGUUCAAGUGCUCAGUCUGCGACAAGGUGUUUAACCGCAAGGCCCGGCUGGACAUGCACAUGAAGUACCUGCACCUGAAGGUGAGGCCGCACACGUGCGAGGAGUGCGGCAAGGGCUUCACGCGGAGGGAGGACCUGACACGCCACUCGGUGCUGCACUCUGGCGAGAAACCUUACCAGUGCCCGACAUGCGACAAGCGCUUCAGCAUCAAGACCUCGCUCAAGUCCCACAUGAAGACGCAUACCAAGGAGGAGCCCCGGUCGUGUAACGAGUGCGGCCACACCUUCAUCCGCAAGGACUGCCUCCUGCGGCACAUUCGCGUUCGCCACCGCGACCUGCUGGAGUCCGAGGGGUCAGAGCAGGGUUUGAUCCUUCGGACCCUGCUCGCCGAGGAGGAUCCGAAGGAUCUCCGUUCCUCCGACGGCUCUGCUUCUCCUGGAGCAGGGAUGGUGGCCUCCGCGGGUGGCAGGGUGCUCUCUGAACAGGCGUUGCGCGAAAGCGUCCGUGAACUGCUGGGGCUUCUGGUGGACGAGGCAACCCUCGAAGAACUUGGCCACCCAGACAGUCCCGUGGAAGAGCUCAUGGAAGCAAUAAUCCGCCGGAGUGGCCACAGCCCGGUCAGCCCCGGAGACUCCGGCUGCAUCGACAGACUGCGUGAGAACUCCAAGCUGCUGUUCACGGUCGUCAUCGACGACCACACGGUCAAGACACUGUUCGACAAGAAGACCGUGGAUGAAGUCGUUCUGCACCUCCUGCGCCUCGCAAAGUCUUGAGUCGCGGACGCGCCACUAACGCAUCGCACAAAAGAGAGGCUGCGGACACUGUCCGAGGCGGGUUUAUUUCUCGUACGAUGGCCCCGUCGCGUCAGUUGUGCCAGGACUGUCCGCAGCCAUGUUCAAAGCAUGCGUAUGCACGAAGCACACAUGCUUCGAGCACGUAUGAGGCAUAGCCACGGACACUUAUGUCAUAGUGUCUGCAGCGAAUGUGGAGCGCAAGUUCGUCUGCUUCUCGCGCGGGGGUUAUGGUGACACCAGAACGCCAAGCUCAGAUUGGCUCGCAUUGGAAGAAUAGUGGGCUGACCUCGAGGCAGCUAACAUUGAGGUCUACCCGCCAUCCUUCCCGUCGGAGGCAAUCAGAGCUCUGCGAUCUGACGUCACCGCAACCCCCGCAUGAUGUAUUAGUGGUGGGCUUGCGGCUUAGGUUUCCUCCUCGGUCGUCGUUUUGCACUUCGGCGGUGCCUGUGCCUGGGAGAGAGUGCAUUCGAACCGGCUUCCGCUGCAGUGCUCUUUCUACGUGGGAAGUGCUCGUGGUAGAGUGGUGACAAUUGUUUAUUGGGUAUUUGGGUGCAAGAUGGGAAUGUAAGCAUGUUUUUUGUUCUGUGUGUUACACUAAACUGGAGUAAACUUCUUUAAAUGUGA